ACCUUGGAAACCUCAUUUCCUCUUUCAACCCUUUCAAUACCUUGAAAAAUAAAAGUAGCUUCCCCCACCCUCCGGCGCAAGCUCCUUGAAGGCCCAGCGCUACGCACCACCUCCACCUUCACCAACUAUGACAGAACAACCAGCAUCACUCACGGCACCGCCACCACGACAGGGGCCGUUGUUGCACAAACAACACUCGUGGUCGCCUGAUAUUUAUCGGGAUGAGGCCUGGCUUAGACGUAAAGCUCGUAACAUCAAAAACAAGAGAAGCAAGAACCUUACAGACGAGGACCUUGAUGAACUCAAAGCUUGUAUUGAGUUGGGCUUUGGGUUUGACACUCAAGUUGAUCAACGCUUGUCCGAUACUUUGCCUGCUUUAGGACUUUAUUAUGCCGUUAACAAGCAUUACAAUGAUACUGUUUCAAAGUCACCGCCGUCUUUAUCAAUGGCGUCUGAUUCUGAAUCGUCACCCUCUUCGUUGGGCAGCCCUCAUAUAAUAUUCAGCUCUGGUGAUGACGAUCCCAAGACGGUGAAGACGAGAUUGAGGCAGUGGGCUCAGGUGGUGGCUUGCUCUGUGCGGCAGUGUUCAUAACGAUAAUGGCUGGAUGGGCAGAGGUUUUUUUUCUAAAAAUCUAGAGCAACCAUCAUAGUUCAUAAUUUA